CUCACAACGCUGGUGCUCUUUGCUCUCUGUUUCCACGCGGGAGCAUGGAUCGGAGCUUCUUGUAUUUGAAAUCGGCUCUUCUAGCCAUGGAGCCAGUCAAUACUGUGCUCUUUCUCGCUAGAAAGGAAUAGGAUGGAUAAGUCAGUGAAAGAAGAAAACAACCAUGGAUAACUUCUUUAUUUUCAUUUGAUUUGAUUUUUCUGUUUUUCUUUCCUUCAUUAUUUUCUUCUAUUUUCACUCUAUUAUUAGAAAAUUCCUUAGUCAGACCUUUCAUGCCUUCUCCUGAUUUAUUCUAAUACUUGAUUUGUAAGGCAGCAAUUACAGACCUUCUAGGUUAAAUCCUGACUUCAUUCAUUGUGUUUGCAAACUUAUUUUUUCAAUAGAUGCUAAUAGUUGUAUACUCUAUGUUCAAAUUAAUAAACUAGAACUGAACAUUUUGUCAUUACUCUGUCAAUCUUUAUUCUGUUUAUGUUUCUCAAUUAGGCAAUCUGGUGGAGGAUCUAUUACAACAAAAGUACAGACCUUCAUUUUGGACCACUGUGCUGAUGAUGUUGUCAGUAAAGGCAAUACUCGGCAUAAGAUUUACAUGAAAAAUAUUCUUAAAAGUAUCAUCAGUGUCGCUGAAUCAAGCAAUAUUGAUAUGGCUGAUGGCUUGUAUGAGCAGUUUGCUUAUUAUAUGACUUUAAAUGUGGAUGAUGGCUCCCUAAAUGAUAACAACAAAAUUUGUAAGCACAUAUCUUUUUAUUUAUCAAACGGCCAUGGUGAUAUCAACUCAACAAAUUUUAUUGUCAAGUUGCAAUGUUCACUCAAUAUGCUACAAGGAGACACUGGGUGUGCCCUUUGGCCCUCAGGCCUUCUCUUGUCUGAAUUUAUACUUUCUCAGCCGGGGACUUUCUCAAACAAAUGUUGCCUUGAGGUUGGAUCUGGUGUUGGUUUAGUAGGUGUUUGUCUUGCAUAUGCUGGAGCCUCAAAGGUUGUUCUUACUGAUGGUGAUGUAUCAACUUUGGCAAAUAUGGAGCACAAUCUAGAGCUGAACGAGUACAUUACUAAGAACAAGAUAGAGUGCAAACAUUUAUUGUGGGAAACAGCAUCAGAAAGUGAGCUCCAAAGCUUCCAAACUGAGAUAGUAUUGGGUGCUGACAUUGUAUAUGAUCCACGGUAUGUCCCACAUCUUAUUCGUGUUCUCUCCAUCCUACUGAAUCAUGGCAAAUCUGGUUUAUAUGAGGAGAAAGUGAGUAUAAAGUAUGAAAAUGAAUUGAGUCAUUAUAAAGAGCAAAAAGAUAUUUCAGCCAACGCACUCAAGGAAGCCCCAGUUGCUUAUAUUGCCACAGUCAUUCGCAAUGACAGUACAUGGAAUUAUUUUCUCAGACUUGCAGGUGAAACUAAUAUCUCUGUUCAAGAUAUAACUGGAAUGAGCAAAUCUCUCAAUUUACUUCCUUACAUGCCCUCUUAUGAUCGAGAGAGUGUGUACCUUUUUAAAUUGUCUUCUUUAUGUAAUUGAAUUUGCUGUUUACUUGAGAAUUUAUUGCUGAAGUGUUCUAAUUUUAUAUCAUUGCAUUGUUAGCCACGUGGACUGUAGUCCUGCUUUAGACCUUAUCUUCUUAUUGAUGCCACUAGAAGUUGUUCCCUAUUUAUAUUGAAUUACUCUAUCUUGAUGAUAGUUUGCACCAAACUUCAUUUGCUCUUUAA